AGUUAGGUUUCCAAGGCAUAAAAGAACUGCCAAUUUCUAUGUUUUCUUAUUUUGUCGCACGCCUUUUGUUACAAAACUUUCAUUAGAAAGCUUGCUAAUCAAGUUGUGUGCUAGGCGAGAUGACUAGGUGACCAUUGCUCCUAUUACUAGGGUAAUUUACAAGUUUUAGUAGGAUGUCAGGAGAUAAAGAGGAGUCCCUCUCACCAGAUGAGAUGAGGAAGAGGCUUUAUCAGACAUUCAAAAAGCGUGGAGUUCUUGACACGUUGAAGACCCAGCUUCGGAACCAGCUUAUUCAGGAGUUAAAGCACCCAUUUUUAAGUGGAGAGAGCCUGCCCAAAUCAGUCCCUGUAAAAACGUCCUCUGUCCUAGAGAUAGCCUCUAACAGCUUGGUAAUUGAGCACUUACAGAGUUCAGGCUAUGAAUAUACCUUGUCUGUAUUUUAUCCUGAAUCUGGCAUGAACACAGAAAAGUGUUUUUCAACCAGAGACAUUCUUCAACUCAUGAAAAUCAGUCCCCGCUCAUCUCUGUAUAAGUCUUUGACAUCAAGCAUUCAGAGAGAGAGUCAGAAAGGCUUUUUGAUGAAUCUUCUGACAGAGCUGAUAGACCACCAUAUACACAGGGACAGCAGUGAUGCUAACACGCAAACCAGCAACUCUGAAGCCUUUAAAGAAUCUCUUGUUGAAAAGAUGCAGAUGAUCGAUGAAGAGUAUGAGGUCCUGCGCUCCCGAGGAAACAAGUGGCAUACAUUUGAGGCUAGACUUGCCGAUUAUAGAAAAGAGAUUGAGGAACAAGCACAGGCUGAAAUCAACACAAAGCUUCAACAUUUCAAGGAUGUGGAAAUUGCAAAAGUGAAGAUGGAAGAGAAGGAAAAGGCUCAGAGAGAGAUUUUGGACUUUAGGAGAGAUAUGGAGAGAACUUACGAGAUGAAAUCUGAGGCAUUGAUUCACAGAGAAAAGAAUGCCAUCGAGCGACUGCAGAAGCAACAGCAGAUUGAAGAAAAGGAGAUCUACAUGCAGAGGCAGGCUUUGCUGAAGGAGAUAGAAACUGUGCGGAACAGAGAGGCUGAGUUAAGGCUAAGAACUGAAGCGUUUGAAAAAACAUGUAAGCUACAGGAGGAGAAAACCAAAGUAACUGAAGACCUGCUGAAGAGAAGAGAACUGGCCGUGAAGACCAUGGAGGAUACCUAUGACCUAAAGCUGAAGAACGAACUGGCCAGAUACCAAGUGGAACUGAAGGCAGACUAUGUUAAGAGAACUGAGCAGCUGUCAGAAAAUGAGAAGAGAAGUAAAGAGGAGACUGCAAGAAUUCAGAAGGAGGCGUCUGUGAUUGAUGCUAAACUACAAGAGCACAGUCAAGCUCUCGCAGAGGUGAAACGGCUAAAGAUGGAGCUGGAGACGGCCCAGUCCCAGGGCGCCCUGCUGAUCCAACAGAACGCGCUGCUGCGGGAGCGGCUGGAGAGCGUGAGCGACUACGCCGCGCUGCGGAGGGAGAGGGUGGAGCUGCAGGCCCAGGCGCGCCUCCUCAAGCAGCAGGUGGAGGAGGCGCAGGAGGACAACCGGCACCUGCGCCAAGCUCUGGGGCAGCCGUCGGCGGAGCAGCUGGCCCUGCAGACGGAGCUCAGGAGGACGGAGGCGGCCAGGAGGCUGCAGGAGGAGGAGCACGAGAGCCAGAGGCAGGUGCUGCACGCCCAGCUGCAGCAGGAGGUGGAGCGUGUGGCCCAGCUGAAGAGCCAGCUGCUGGAGUGUGAGGAGAGGAGCCAGUGGAUGGCCACCCACGCCGAGGACAUCAAGAUGCAGCUGCGCCAAGCGGGCGAGGCGGGCGGGGGUGCGCGGGGGGGCGGCGGCUGGAGGGACCGCGGCGGCGGCGGCGGUUCUCCCGACUCGGACCUGGAGCUGGUGGCCGGGGCCAAGGCCCGCAUCCGCGAGCUGGAGCAGGAGGCGGAGACGCUGGAGGAGGCCUACCGCAGCUACCAGCAGAGGGCGCUGCACGCCGCCGUCUCCUCCUACGCGCUGCCGCACAGAGCCCCGUCGCCCACACGCCACAUGCCCACCGCGCUCCACCACCAACACCAUCACCAACACCAACCUUACCAACACCACCCGCACGCCAAAGCCCUGUCGCUGGCUCACCAGCGGGUGACCUUUGCCUCCGACCCACCGGCCCUGCGAGUCGACGCGCGUCCCCCGGUCAGAGAGUCGGACCUGCUGCAGCCCGUCAGCUUCGGCCGAGGCCCGCUGGCGGGUGAGGUGACCCCUCCGCAGCGGAGCCUGUCUCCCGCGCCGCGCCGCCUCUCGUCCACGCCGGUCUCCCUCGCGAAACAUCAGCCGAGACGAGAACGACUGGAAGAGGUGUUGCCGGUGCCCCUGGCCGGCAGCAGGUCCCCGGCGCGGCAGCUGUCCCCCAUCCCAGCGGCCGCGCGGCGUUCAGGAGACUUCAGCCCCGACGUGCUCAGUGACCCCAGCAGCCCCCAGCUCCAGAGGACCAGCCGCCAGCACUCCAGUCCCCCAAAGGUUGCUCGAGAGGUGUCAAGUUCAGAGUCCUCUUCUCCACAACCUGCAGAAAUAGCCAUUGAUGACCUGACUGAACCUUCACCAGAGCCCAGUCACAUUCCAGAGCUUCUCCAGGAGGAGGGCAUCCGUGUCAGUGAGGAGGCCCCUGAGGGGCAUCAUGCCACCCCCCCUGUGCCCGUCCAACCCAGUGCAGCUCAGGCCGAUGUGGAGGCAGCCAGACAGAAGGAGGAGGAGGAGGAGGAGGAGCUGCGCUGGGAGCUGGAGAGGAAGAGGCGAGAGGAGAGGAGGCAGACGGAGCAACGGCAGGCUCAGGAGAGGGAGCUCAGGGAGCUGGAGCGACUCGAACAGGAGAGGCUCCUGCAGGAGGCGCAGUACGAGAGCCAAGAGGCGGAGGGGGAGCGAGGAGGAGGAGGAGGUGCAGAGGAGAGGGGCCGGGGGCAGGAGGUGGACGUGGAGGCGGAGGAGCAGAGGGAGCAGGUGGAGGCCAGCCAACAGCUGGAGCCUGAGAGGGGCCCCGCGUCUGACCCGGCCGACCCGCUGCAGACCUACAUGAGGAUGGUCAUGCAGGGGGGAGACGGCGAGCAACAACAGAGUCCAAAGAAGGAGGAGGCUGAGCGCCGGAGCCCAGAGCCGGACCUCUUAUCUGAUAAAGACAACAGUGUUACUGCGUUCUCACAUGAAGAGGCAGAUGAAGACUUCUGGUGAAACGGAACUCCAUGAACUACAUGAUGCAGUUUACAAAUAGUUUGAAAAAUAUUUUUUGUACAUUUAUUUAUAUUUGUUCAGCUUUCUGAUUUUAAUGGUGUGGUUUUUGUUUAUGUCAAUAAAGUGACUUUGGAUAAAA